GCCGGAAUGUGGGCGACGCUGUCCCGGCCCUGAGGCGGCUGCGCGGCCCCGGCGGGCUGGAGGCAGCGGCAGCGCGGGGAGGACGGCCCGGCUGCACCGCUAGACCCAAGUCAGCAUUCUUCUCUUGAUCACUGCGUGGUUGGAUUGGAAGAGAAGCGAGCCUGGCCCAGUUCUGCUCCUUGGUGCUGCUGGGGAGGGCAGGGUGAAGCUUGGCCUCUUCUUCUUCCUGGUCACAGCAGAUGUUGUGGUGGUAGGAGGACAAUACUGACCUGAGAUGGAAGUCAAAACAUCAUUUAGCAAAGCCAGCAGGAUUCCUGAGACCGUAUCCACAUUAAUUAAUGAAGAAUUCAUCUUGGUUCAUCAGAAAUCUGAGGACACCUCUGGAAACAAUGAAAAGCCACAGCUAAAGGUAUUUUCAAAUGGAGACGAGGAGCUGGAGAAGGCAAUGGAGGAGAUUCUGCGGGAUUCUGAGAAGGACCAGUACGUCACUGCGCUCCGGGAAGGUUUCAGUGAUGCCACUGGCCAGGCAGCUGCAGAUGGCUCAGCAGGACAAACAACCCAGUCCUCUCUGCAACUUGUUUUAGACCCUUCUACUACAGAGAUCUCUGCACCAAGGCCAUCUUCUCCCAGUGAACCCCUGGAAGAGGACAGCGUGCUGUUUAACAAGCUGACUUACCUGGGCUGCACAAAGGUGGCAGCCCCACGGAAUGAGCCAGAAGCUCUCCAUGCCAUGGCAAACAUGAAGGCCUCGAGCCAAGCCCCUUUACCUGUAACGCUCUACGUUCCAAACAUUCCAGAAGGCUCUGUAAGAAUAAUCAAUCAAUUGAGCAAUGUGGAGAUUGCCUCAUUUCCCAUCUACAAGGUGUUGUUUUGUGUGCGGGGGCAGAAUGGGACCUCAGAGAGCGACUGCUUUGCAUUCACUGAGAGCAGCUGUGGGACAGAGGAGUUCCAGAUCCAUGUGUUCUCCUGUGAGAUUAAAGAGGCUGUCAGCCGAAUUUUGUAUAGUUUCUCCACAGCGUUCAAGCGUUCUUCCAAACAAGCGUCUGAUCACGUGAAGGACUUUGUUCUUCCCACACCAGACAGUGACGUGUACACUUUCAGUGUCUCCUUAGAAGUCAAAGAAGAUGAUGGAAAAGGAAAUUUUAGCCCAGUGCCAAAGGAUAGAGAUAAAUUGUACUUCAAGCUUAAACAGGGAGUUGAGAAGAAAGUGGUGAUCACAGUUCAGCAACUUUCGAACAAGGAACUGGCCAUUGAAAGGUGCUUUGGGAUGUUGCUAAGCCCUGGACGGAAUGUGAAGAACAGUGACAUGCAUUUACUAGACAUGGAAUCCAUGGGAAAAAGUUCUGAUGGGAAGGCUUAUGUCAUUACUGGGAUGUGGAAUCCUAAUGCACCCAUGUUUGUAGUACUUAAUGAGGAAACUCCAAAAGAUAAGCGUGUGUUCAUGACUGUGGCUGUGGACAUGGUGGUUACCGAGGUGGUGGAGCCGGUGCGGUUUCUGCUGGAGACCGUGGUGCGCGUGUACCCUGCCAACGAACGCUUCUGGUACUUCAGCAGGAAAACCUUCACAGAAACCUUCUACAUGAAGCUAAAACAGUCUGAAGGAAAAAGCCACACAAGUGCUGGAGAUGCAAUUUAUGAAGUUGUCAGUCUGCAAAGAGAAUCUGCCAGAGAGGAAGAAUUAGUCACCCCAACAAGUGGAGGAGGGCCUAUGUCAUCCCAGGAGGAUGAGGCAGAAGAAGAGAGUGAUAAUGAACUCUCCAGUGGCACUGGUGAUGUGUCAAAGGAUUGUCCUGAGAAGAUUUUGUACUCCUGGGGAGAGUUACUGGGGAGAUGGCACAGUAACCUUGUGGUGAGACCGAAUGGGUUGUCCACUCUGGUGAAGAGCGGAGUUCCAGAAGCCCUGAGGGCAGAGAUCUGGCAGUUGCUGGCAGGAUGCCAUGACAACCAGGCAAUGCUGGAUAAAUACAGAUUGCUCAUCACAAUGGAUUCUGCUCAAGAGAGCGUCAUCAAACGAGAUAUCCAUCGUACAUAUCCAGCACAUGAUUACUUCAAGGAUACAGAAGGGGAUGGUCAGGAAUCUCUGUACAAAAUCUGUAAGGCCUACUCUGUCUAUGAUGAAGACAUUGGCUACUGCCAGGGACAGUCCUUCCUUGCAGCUGUGCUUCUGCUUCACAUGCCAGAGGAGCAGGCAUUCUGUGUAUUUGUGAAAAUAAUGUAUGACUAUGGCUUGAGGGACCUCUACAGAAAUAACUUUGAAGAUCUCCAUUGCAAAUUUUUCCAGCUGGAGAAGUUAAUCCAGGAGCAGUUGCCAGACUUGCACAGCCAUUUCUCAGACCUCAAUUUGGAAGCUCACAUGUAUGCAUCCCAGUGGUUCCUCACUCUUUUUACUGCCAAGUUUCCACUCUGCAUGGUCUUCCACAUCAUUGACUUACUACUCUGUGAGGGUAUGAACAUAAUCUUCCAUGUGGCUUUGGCUCUUUUAAAGACCUCCAAAGAGGAUCUUCUUCAGGCUGAUUUUGAAGGAGCUUUAAAAUUCUUCAGGGUGCAGCUGCCCAAGAGGUACAGAGCAGAGGAGAACGCCCGGAGACUCAUGGAACAAGCUUGCAAUAUUAAGGUGCCAACGAAAAAGCUGAAGAAAUAUGAGAGAGAGUACCAAACAAUGCGGGAGAGCCAGCUGCAGCAGGAAGAUCCUAUGGACAGAUACAAGUUUAUAUGUUUGUAGGUAACUCUCCUGCUGUUGCACUUUUACGGGAGAUCUUCAUGAGCCGCAGGAAUAAAGGGUGAUUCAGCUACAGAGACAGAAAGGAGAAAAUACACAUUGUUCUAGUGCAAGCUGUGUGCAGUGGCAUCCACAGAGACUUUGGAAGAUGAACUCUUCCUUGGCUGAUACGUUCCUUAUUAUUCAUUCCUGUUUAUACCAAGCUUCAGCAAUUUUUUGUUAAGAUAAUAUCUAUUAUGGUGGGACCCAGAGCUCUCCUGGGGUCCCGAGGUACUACUGCAGUAGAAUUAAUAGUGAUGGAUAUUCUUCUUCAAGGGAGCAGAGAAAGAAGGCUCAGUUGUUAAUGUGAUAGCUUGAUAGUUCACCAAAAAAGCACAGUUCUUCCAUUUUGGGUCAGCUUUGCUUAUCUUUAAAUGUAUUUGCUUUCAUUGUCACAGUUCUGUUGCCAUAGAUGUUGUGUGCUGGAGGCUCUGCCUCUGGGCACAGACUUCACUGAGCGUUCAGGAUCCGCUUAUUCCUCACUCUGUUAUGGACAAUUCAGUUUGCCCUAGGUGAAGCUGUCAGGGCUGAAGCACUUUACUGCCCGCUGCCCAGGAUAGCUGGGAACUGACAUUUCUUAUAUAUCCUUGUACUGUUCUCCUGCUGUUCUGCGUUGUGCCUUAAUUUGCUAAGUGCCAUUGCUGUUGUUACGGAGGCUGUCAGGAGUGUGGAGUGGUGAACAAUCACACAGGGUGCAACAGGCUUGACAUGGCCUGUAAAUGUAUGAAAAUGCACCACACUGAGAAAAGGAGAGCAUGGAAAUCUGUGUGGGAGAGUGUGCCUUAAUCCAUAAAUGUGACAAAGAAGAUUUACAGGUACGAAGUCAAACUGACUCUUUUUUUUUAAAAAAAAAAGCAAGCAUUUGUCUGUGAGAAAUUUAUAUUUUAAGUGUAGGUUUUUUGCUGUCAAAGGGUGGAGAUUUUAUUUUUUAUGAGACUUCGGAGUGCUGUAGCUGCCAAGAGCCAAUGGCAAGUAUGACCUAUUUGGAAAAAAACACAACUGGCUGCUGAUUAACUUUUAAGUAUUUUUCUACUGGUUCACUUAUAGUACUGUGGAAUUAAAAUAAUGCUUAGAAAACAAACAAGGGUUCUCUAGAGCUCGGUGUAAGUAUAUUAGCUAGUUGAUCCUGGUCAAUGGAUGGUAAAGAACAUUAUCCCAAGCUGCAAACGAGGAUAUAGGAAGUGACUCUUGGGCCACUGUUGAUGUGAGUCACUGUCACAAGCCAAGAUCACAGCCCAGGGUUUUGGCUUCUGCUUCUGAAACUCACUGUGGAUUUUUUUAUUAAGCUGGAUUGGGUCUGAUCCUCUUAAGGAUGCUGUGAUUAGAGAGUCCCUGUAAUAGGUUAGUUGCACAUUAACUUCAAAGUCUGGACACAUUCUUCAGUUGAUGGGUGUCAUGGAAAAAUGCUUGUAAAUGUUCUUUGUUCCUUGUUUUGCUUGUUAGAUUUUAUUGGUAUGUGAAGUUGAGGUUGGUAGGAACUGACAUUUCAGGAGUGUUCCCAAAGGGCAGCAGAAAAUGUCGCGUGUGUGGAUCCUCGCAGGCAGCACGUGGAGAGCCAGCCUUGCUUUUUGCUUGUCCUUCAGGAGAGUGCUGUGCAGCCUGCGUGGGCAGAGAUGCAUUUCAGUGGGGCAGCUCCUGUGCAGGGCUCCACCAGCCAGGCUUGGCUUGAGGAAGGACAGAAGCCAGGCUUGCCUACAAGCACAGCACUGCUGUCAGCUCCUGCUCUGCGGGCUGUGCCCCAGAGCCUUGUGAUUCUUACAGGAAUUUUUCUCUUCCCAAAACAAUGCAAGGUUUUUACUGCCUAGGAAGGGGAUGUUUCUGGGAUAGGAUCACUGGAGCAGAGAUCCCUGCAGAAUAUUCCUCAUAUGCCUCAGGAAGGAAAAGAGCUUUCAGUCGGUUGAUAGUUUUUAGUGAUAGUUUUUAGAGUUUUGUUACCAGCAGAAAUUUGUCAGGCCACAGAGACUCAGGCAGUUGGGAGCUGCAGGGUUGAAGGAUGUCUGAGACACCUCCCUGUGACACAGCCCCCAGAGGAAAUGCCUUGAUGGUCUCUCGGGAGGGAGCUGGGCUGGUUCUGCAGUGUCUGGCUCGGUAACCAGUCCUGUUUGCCUGGCAGGUUAAAUUCACAAGCUCCCAUGAGCUGUGUGAGCACACAGCAGCUCCUGCCCUGCACAUAUUUUAUAUGUUGUGAUUUGACUUAGCAAAAAAACAGUGUUAAACAGUGUCAUGAUUUUUGCUGUUUGUUUUGUUCUGUAUUUACAAGUAUUAUUUAGGAAAAGUACAGCUUUUUUCUGGACCUGUUUUUGCUUUAUUUUCCAUUGCUUAUAACAAUUUUAACACAUUUUUGUCAGAUUUUUAAAAGGUGCAAAAGUGAAAUAUGUUCUGAAUUUUUGUUGGUCAUCAAAUUUCAUAACUUUUAGUUAAAAUAAAUUACAAAUUCCCUAUUGAAGCCAGGAAGAAAAGUGAGUUGCAUAUGCAGAAAAAAUAAAGUUCAGGUUGAUGUUUUUCUAAAUAUUACGGAGUUUUAUUUCUGUGUUUGAAAACGCCUCAUGUAACAAGAUUUGGGUUGACUUGAUGAGAAAUUCCCAGAAGUGAGCUUGGGAAUUGAUUUAAAAGAAAGAGGAUAUAGUUGUACAAAGAAGGGCUGGAGUUUCACAAGCAGAUGCUUCUGUUCUGUUCCACCUUUUCCUCUGUCAACCUCCUUGUGCAAUGGAGAAGUUGUGUGAAUAAAUGUGUUAUGUGGACACAAUAGCCUUCUCUGUAAUAGCCUUCUCUGUGUUUUGAAGGAGAAGCCAAAAUUAAUCCACUGGUCAUUUUUAUUCAGUCAUGGCAGCUGAAUGUUAACCAUCAUGAGGAAAAUCAUGAUGACUUUUGUUGUGGGACAUGGUUGUUUCUUUAAAAAGUGUUCUGGGGCACUUCGGGGAAUCCUUCUCCAGUCACCAAACAGAAAACACAACUGCCUCCAGGAGCCUCUGUGUUGCUUACCAUGAGAGGCUCUCCUGGAUCACUUGGUGUAAAUGUUUUGGGGUUUCUAGGUGGAGGUUCACAGGGUUUCCCUUUGGAGCUCCUCUAGUAUCAAGAGCCCUUUCCACAGGGUUUAUGAAGACCUCAGUUUGCUCACAUCCGGAAAGUGAAUUCUAAUCAGUGUUUUCAUUCCAUCAUUGAGGAUCUGUUCACACUCAGAGGUCUGGGGUUUGGAUGUUUGGAUUUAACCCAGGCAGCAACUCAGGCAGGCACUUGCUCACUCUGCCACAACUGAUGGGGGAGACAAUCACCAGAGUCACAGUGACAAAGCUCGUGGGCUGAGAUGAAGGCAGUUUAGCAGGUAAAGCAAAAGCUGUGUGCUCAAGCACAGCCACACGUGGAACUCAGCCAGCCCUUCCCAGGGGCAGGUCAUUGUUCGGCCAUCUCCAGGAGAGCAGGGCUCUGUCACACCUAACAGUGACUUGAGAAGACAAAUGCCAUCACUCCAAAGGUCCCCCCUUCUUUCUCUUCUCCCUGCUUUACAUACUCAGCACGGUGCCUUAGGGUCUGGACUGUCCCUUGGGUCAGCUGGGAUCAGCUGUGUCUCCCCCCAGCUCCUUGUGUGCCCCCAGCCCCUCACUGGUGAGAGGUACCAGAAGCACAAAAGGUCUUGGCUCUGUGCAAGCCCUGCUCAGCAAUAACCAACCCAUCUCCAUCCUGUCAACCUUUUCCAGCACAACCCCAAAACGUACUAACCACCGUGGAGAGAACUAACUCUGCCCAGCCAAACGCAGCACAGGGUGUCGCUGAGCAGAAACAGAAUUGCUUAACGAGGUUGGUGACUCAUUACACCCCACUCGAGUACAGCACAGAGAGGAUGCAUCGUGGCCACUAAUCUGCUCAGCAAUUGCUCCUCCGUACAGCCUGGAAGGGAGCAGAGGGUGGAGUUCAGCCUUUCAGUCAUCCUGAGCUGAGCCUUGCCUACUGCUUUCAAGUUUGCUGUCUGCUUUCCGCCCAGAUGGAAGGGAGUAUCUCUCCCUCAAACUCAUAACAAAAACACUAUGAAGAAUAAGCAACUUUUUUUUUUUUUGUAUUAGAAAUUUCUUUAUAUCUUCUUUUCACUGUCUACAC